UGUACCCAGGACAGGCCAGUGCAAGUGACAAAGGUAAGAAAGGAAAAGCGCGCGCAGCAGAGAUGCUGCUAAGUCGCAGCACCUUAGUUAACUUGGAGGUCUGUGGCCGGACUUUUUCCAAACACCUCAGCACUUGCAAUCCGAACCAUAGAAGCGGCGCCAAAUCCGUAUGUAGCAUAGUUUUCAAUUCUCUUCCUCAAUUUACUGCCCUAACCUCCCGUCAGAAAGACCAAAUUCAUCAGUACGUUGACGCUCUUCUUCAAUGGAACAAGCGGAUGAAUCUUACUGCAGUUAAGGAGGUCCAUGAAGUAAUGGAACGUCAUGUUGAGGAUUCCCUUGCGAUUUUACCGCCUUUGAGGGAUUGCUAUCGAUCUCGCUACGGUAAUUCAUAUGAUAAGCUCAAAUUGGUCGACGUUGGAACUGGCGCUGGCCUUCCUGGAAUAAUUUUGGCCAUAGCUUGCCCGGAAUGGGACGUAACGCUUCUGGAGUCUAUGAACAAGCGAUGCGUUUUCUUGGAGCAUGCUGUCGGUGUUACUGGCUUGUCAAACGUUCAAAUUGUAAGAGGAAGAGCAGAGAAUUUAGGUCAGAAUCUUUGCUUGAGAGAGCAAUUUGACAUAGCAGUAGCAAGGGCUGUUGCGGAGAUGAGAAUAUUGGCCGAGUAUUGUCUUCCCUUGGUCCGUGUUGGUGGAUUGUUUCUAGCCGCCAAAGGUUAUCAUCCCGAGGAGGAACUUAGGAAAGCUGAAGGCGCAAUCCAAAAGAUGGGUGCAUCUCUAUUGCAAGUAUACUCAGUGGAAUCGCAGAGCCCACAUGGUCAGCGAACUGCUGUUGUUUGUUAAAAGAUCGUCCCACCCCAAAGAAAUAUCCCCGUGAUCCUGGUACACCAGCGAAAGAACCACUGUAACUAACUUCAGUUGACAUUCUGUUGGUAUUAUGUUGUUAUUCCCUUCAUUCAUUUUACUUUUCCUGAAACAUCGUGAACCUGAGAGUGGCCUCUUGUCUGUAACAAGUUCAACCUGAUUGCGAGAUUUUCUGCUCCGGUGAAGCAAAUUUGUAUUUAUUUGUAUGAUGUAAAUUUACCCAUGUCUAUUCCCUUGUCAAAACAGGGGCAAAAAGAAAAAGAAGAAAAACCUAUUAUGGUUUUCUAUUGGAUUAAUGAUAAUGAUAAUGACUAGGAUACGAGCCAUCAGCAACUCGCCUCAAUCAUUUUUUGAAGGAUGGUGGUGUUAGCUUUGUAUGUAAUGAUUUUAGAUUUGAAUUAUGGUUGGAAUUAAAAGAA